AAAAGUGUUCGGAUUUAGGUGUGUGCGCGUGUGCGUAACGUUUCCAGCGGUGGGCGUGGCGGACGGGAAGCUACCUCCACCUCCACGCGCGUCAGGUUACUUUUUUUGACUGACAGCGUCACCAUGGCAAAUAAUUCCACGCCGGGCUAUUGUCUCGUCCGCGCCGUCCCCGGGCUCGAGUGACCGACCAAUCAGACUGUACGUCCGCGCGUGUUUGCCAGCUUGGAAUAAUAUUUUUAAAAGGGAGCUCCGCACAAGUGUAGAGAAGCGGUAGGAGGAGGGGAAGGCUGCAGCAACUUUUUCACUGUUUCUUACCAACUUUGGAUGAAGAAGUGGGGUCUUUUUUUUCCUCGGGGUUAAUGGCUGGAGUGGAGUGUCACUUUAUGGACUUUCCUCGCUGAUCAGAAAGUCCCCCUAGCUCCUCCACCAUGUCCAUGCUGCCGACGUUCGGCUUCACGCAGGAGCAAGUGGCGUGCGUGUGCGAGGUUCUGCAGCAGGGCGGCAAUAUCGAGCGCCUGGGCCGCUUCUUGUGGUCCUUGCCGGCGUGCGAGCACCUCCACAAGAACGAGAGCGUGCUCAAAGCCAAGGCGGUGGUGGCGUUCCACCGCGGCAACUUUCGCGAGCUCUAUAAGAUACUGGAGAGCCAUCAGUUCUCGCCGCACAACCACCCCAAGCUGCAGCAGCUGUGGCUCAAAGCGCACUACAUCGAGGCGGAGAAGCUGCGCGGACGGCCGCUGGGCGCCGUCGGCAAGUACCGAGUGCGUCGGAAGUUUCCGCUGCCGCGCUCCAUCUGGGACGGCGAGGAGACCAGCUACUGCUUCAAGGAAAAGAGUCGUAGCGUGCUGCGUGAGUGGUACACGCACAACCCUUAUCCAUCCCCGCGGGAGAAGCGAGAGCUGGCCGAGGCCACGGGACUCACCACCACGCAGGUCAGCAAUUGGUUCAAGAACCGGCGGCAGCGGGACCGUGCGGCUGAGGCCAAGGAGAGGGAGAACAAUGAGAACUCAAACAACAGCAACAAUAAUAACGGCAAUCCUCUGACUUCCUCCCUAAACGGAACUAAAACUCUUUUGGGAAGCUCGGACGAUGACAAGACGCCGGCGGGCACGCCCGAUCACCACACGUCCCCGAGCCCGGCGCUGAUGCUGGGCUCGGGCGGGGGCCAGCUGGCCCCCUUGCACGGCCUGGCGCCCCCGCCCGGGCCCAGCGCCAUCCCGGUGCCUGGAGGCGGUGGCGGCGACCCGGUGCAUCACCACCACCAUCACCACCACCACCACCAUUCGAUGCACCACGACACCAUACUGAACCCUAUGUCGUCAAACUUGGUGGACUUGGGCUCGUAGAGCAAGAGUUUGGAGGAAGAGAUUUUUCAGUCGUUUUUGCCUUUUUCAAUAUAGAAAUGUGCCAGUGGGAUUUUUCCUCUUUUUUAUUUUUAUUUUUUAAGAAAGCACUUAAAAGGGACGACAUUUUCUCUUCAAUUGGCAAAAAAGGUGAGGCGGGUCCAUUCUGGUGGAAAGACAAAUGAACAGUAUUUUAGCAAAAUGUAUGUCAGAUUGUUGAAAACAAUAAUAAAAAUGUCUUAAUUAUUUCUAAUCGUUUUACUAUAGGUGGAUUAGAUUGUUAUUGUUUGUUUACAGGGUUUUCUAAGAGAGCCCAUUUUUUGUUGGUGGUGUUUUUAUUUUGUUGAAGCAGGGAGUGAGUGAAUCAAAGGGAGUCGUCCUUAAGUGUCUUAUAAGAAGCCGUCAUAAGAUGAAAUGUCUUUUGAAUAAACUCUUGAUAUUAUGAUGAUUAUUUUUACUAUCAUUUGGAGAGGAAAAAAGGACUGCAUGUGAAGUUGACAUGAUGAAGCCUAAAAGAAAUCGCUUAUAGUUUCAUAUAUUGUUUACAAUAAAAACACAAAUGUGUAUUCAGUUGGACUAUUUCGUUCUUUUGACCCGGACGGAAAAUUAUUAUGGAUGUUUUCUGUUCGUAUUUUAUUCAUGGUAUGUUUUGAUGGUAAAAAAAAACAUUUACCAAGUUAAUUAUGUGGGCAAUGCCAUGUAAAUGAAAGGUUUUAAAACGGCCAUCCUACAAUUAUUCCUUCGAAAAUUAACCU